UCAGUAUAUUUGAAAAGUUGAAUUAACUAGCCCGUCUUCAGCGUGCAUGUCGGUGGUUACGUUUCGUACUUUUAUAAGAAAACAUCAUUCUUAAUUGAAAUUUUACAUACUCUUACAAUCUAACAGUAUAAUUCACUGUAAAAGGUGACAUACGCCGUAAUAAUUGUCAAACGAGUAAACUGUCAAAUAAAUUUCAAGAAGGACAAUAAGGACAAAGAUGUCAAGCGCAGAAUCAUUGGCCGAAGUAACAGAUGUAGUUCAAAUUCUCAGACAAUGGGAAGAGGAACAUUCAUCACCUACAUAUGAUCCAGUUCCAACAUUACGAAGACUGGCAGAAAUUAUAGAGCUAGAAACAGAAAAUUAUUUAAAGAUGGAUCCUGACCCAUUUGAUGAAAGACAUCCAUCACGCACAGAUCCAGAGUGCAAUUUUGGACAUAUAUUGAAAGUAUUAUUUAGAAAAGAUAAUUUUAUGACUAAGCUUAUAAAUGAUUACUUAAGGGACACUUAUUGGUCACGUGCGGGUAUUACGGGUCGUGAUGUUAGAAAGCUCAAUAUUGCAGCCUGUCGUCUUAUGCUUGAUAUACUUCCUGGUUUAGAAACUUCUGCAGUUUUUCAGCCAGAUAUGGAAGGACUCAUUCAUCGUCUGUUUUCUUGGGCGGAAAAAAGCGUAGAACCCUUGCAAAGUUAUGCAACUGGGCUUGUAGCUGCUGCAAUGGAAGUUCAGGAAAUUGCUACAGGAUUUAGGGAGCAAAAUGCAAAAAUGGUACCACUGAUGUUACAAAGGCUUCAUAAAUUACAAGAGGAAGCUCAGGAAGAAAGACAACUCGCAGCUAAUAGUAGACCAUUUGCACAUUUUGGUCAAGACAGAAAUAGUGGAGGGGAUGGAGAAAAUAAAGGUGUGCCUGGGAAAAGAAAAGUGAGAGAAAAACGAAAAGAGAAUGAAAUUCUCAAAAGUUCCAAUCAUAGUAACUAUUUUUCUGAAGAAGAAGAAGACUGUGCUCAGUCCUCUGAAGAUUCUGCUCCCUUACCUAAGAAAAAAAAAAGUGAUACAGAAUGUGAAACUCCUGUAAAAAAUAAUACCUUGUAUCCAGAGAUAAUGUCUCCACCUUUGUCUGUGCCAAAAAAUUCUAAUUUAAAUAAUCAAGUUACACCUUCCAAGGCACAAAGUACACAUAAUAGAUCAUUGAAUGCUUCUUCUGUACGAUGUAAUUUGCAAAAAAAUUCAUCUUUAAUGCAAAGUUCCACUACAUUAUCAACAUCAUUAUUAGAAGGGAAUUCUAAUUCUUCAUGGGCAGAGAUGGAAUCAUAUGUCAUUGGAAAUAUACAGAUGCAUCCUCCAACAUUAGGUACAAGACAAAUGUUAAUACUAAGGUAUCUUACUCCAAUGGGUGAAUAUCAAGAAUUCUUAGGUCAUGUAUUUGAACAAAAUGCUUUAGAACUGAUUCUGAAGUAUAUCAAUGUUAGAGAAACGAAGGACAGUCGCUUAGCAUUUGAAGCUCUGAAAUACUUAGCUUCCCUUCUGUGUCAUAAAAAAUUUUCUAUUGAAUUUCUUAAUGUUGGAGGUCUUCAAAAGCUAUUAGAUGUUCCAAGACCCAGUGUCGCAGCUACUGGUGUCUCUAUCUGUUUAUACUAUUUAGCAUAUUGUGAAGAUGCAAUGGAAAGAGUAUGUCUAUUGCCAAAGCAUGUUAUUUCAGAUCUUGUUACCUAUGCAUUAUGGCUCCUAGAACGAAGUCAUGAUUCUGGAAGAUGUCAUGCAACAAUGUUUUUCGGAUUUUCUUUUCCAUUUAAAGUGAUACUUGAAGAAUUUGAUGCACAGGAUGGGCUUCGAAAACUUUUCAAUGUGAUAUCCACAUUACCAAUUUUAAACAUAGAGGAAGAACCAGCAUUAAACGAUGAUGAAGAAUGUGCUUCUAGGCAAAUAGUUAGGCAUGUUGCAGUAGCUUUAAAACGAUAUAUGGAAGCCCAUUUACAUCUUAAAACUGAACAAUUACAAAGAGCAGAAAAUGCUAGAGCAGAGCGUGACACCUGGCAACCAUCAUUACCACCUUAUAAGGCUGUGAAGCUAAGCAGUGAAGAAGUUCAGGCAAAGGUGGAAAUACUUCAAGAAUUAAUGUCUGUAAGAGCAGUAUGGCCGCCGGUAGAAGAGUUAUAUCGUCUUGGAGGCAUAACGCUUCUUCUUCAAAUUAUUGCCUUUGCUAGAGAAUGGAAUUAUAGUGGCAGGGUUCAUACAACUUCCAGCGCAGAAACGGUUCGCUCUUGCUUAGAUGUAGUAGCUAUUUGUUCUGUAGUGCCAAAAGUGAUGUUAUUACUUUGUGAAAGAGUAGACAUGCCUGAUAUGUCCAUGACAAUGGCAAUUAACUUACUCUUAGCUGCAGCAGAAUGCGAAAUUAUUGCAGAUCCUGAUGUACAAAGGGCUGCACUGAGAGCUGUAAUUAAUUGUGUCUGUGCUCCUAUAAAUAGGGUAAUGAUUGGUGGUAAUGUAGCAAGAUACUCAAUAACAGGUUCUGCUAAGAAAAAAGCAAAUAAUAAUAGCGAAGAGUUAAUACAAAAAAUUUGGGGAAGUGUAAGGUCUAAUAAUGGAAUAAUGGUUUUGUUACAAUUGAUGAUGGUUAAAACUCCGAUCACAGAUGCAGAUAGUAUAAGAGCAUUGGCUUGUCGAGCUUUGGCAGGUUUGGCACGAAGUGAAAAAGUCAGACAAAUAAUUAGUAAGCUCCCCAUGUUUACUGAUGGACAAAUUCAGGCACUUAUGAAAGAUCCAAUACUUCAAGAAAAGAGGCAGGAACAUGUUAUGUUUCAAAAGUAUGCUUUAGAGCUAAUGGGAAGAGUUUCUGGAGAAGCAAAACCUACCGGAGCAGAAUAUGAAAUUUCUUUAGCCAGUUUACAUAGAGCAAAUGUAGUGGCACAAACAAGAAUACAAUAUAACGAACAACAGUUAAAUCAAUUAAUAUAUCAGCAUUUAAUGUCAAAAGGCUUAACAGAAACUGCAUCGACACUCCACAGGGAAGCAAAUUUAGAUUCUUCUGCAAUUAUGAAACCAAUAUGUACAUAUCAACCAUUUACUUACCGCAGUCCUGCAACUACUGGAACAAGAAAUGGAUUUUCUCCCAGUGCAACGGUAAAUUUGUACAAUACGAACAGAUGCAAUCAAAGAGAAGUCACUUCGCGAAACAAUACCACACCUACUUCGUCAUUUAGGUACAUAUCUCAUUCAAAUACCGGUUCGGGUUCAUCGUCAUUAUCUUCCGGAAAUAAUAUACGCAUGAAGCAUUCUGACUGCCUCAAUCAAAAUGUUAUUCCAAAUAGCACAAAUCAACUAAUUAAAUUACAAAUUAAUCAAAAAAAAAAUCAAUCCGAUAAGCAGCCUCUAGUCAAUCAAAUAAAUUGUCACUCAAUUAAUCAGCCAACAGUAUGUCGAUCACUACAGAAACAAAUUUCGAGAGACCCUGCAGGUGGUGGAGGACCUGGAGUAGCUACAUCAAAUCCAUCUACUAUAACACUGGAUUCUAUUAUAACGGAAUAUUUAACUAAUCAACAUGCAUUAUGUAAAAAUCCUAUGGUUACUUGCCCUCAAUUUAAUCUAUUUGAACCACAUAAAUGUCCAGAUCCCUGUACAAAAAAUUCAAUACCAACAAAUGUAACAGUAAGAUUGGCCAAAAGAGCAUUAGGCAUGGAUGGUAGAAGAUUGGAUAGGAGACUUAUUUAUAGCCGAUUUUGUCCUGUAAAAACUUUCCGGCCUACGGAUGUUGCAACCUUCACCUACUGUAUCUUUUCACCCUGUCAACAAUAUUUAAUGUUAGGUACUUAUGCGGGAGAUGUAAAAAUGUACAAUAUACAUACAGGAUUAGAGGAAGCGACAUAUUCAUGCCAUGAAUCUUAUAUUUAUCACAUGGAAUGCAACCAACGUGGAAAUUUGUUAUUAACUUCUACUCCAUGGAGAAGUCCUAUGUCUGUACUUUGGAGUAUAGGAACAUUCUUUGAUUUAAAAUUAUCUUUAGAAAACAUAGAAUAUGUUGAAUUUGGUAAACUUCAAGAUAGAAUUAUUGGAACUGACAGUGGCAUUGCAACAAUUUAUGAUAUAGCUACUGGACAAUUAAUAACCAGCUUCGCUCCUUCAAUUUCUAAUCGAUACACUAUGAAUCGUGCUACUUUUAGUAUGAAUGAUGAAUUGGUUUUACAUGAUGGAAUAUUGUGGGAUGCAAAUUCAGGGAAACAAAUUCACAAAUUUGAUAAAUUAAAUCAAACGCUUAAUGGAGUUUUUCACCCUAAUGGUAUAGAAGUAGUGUCGAAUACAGAGGUUUGGGAUUUAAGAACUUUCCAUUUGCUGAAAACAGUGCCAACACUUGAUCAAAUGGAAGUAAUCUUUUCUCCUGUUAAUAAUAUUAUAUAUGCUGUAUCACUGGAGAAAGAAAAUAUAGAUGAAACUAAUUAUAUUACUUCAUUUAAAACAUUAGAUGCUUUGGACUACAGUAAUAUUGCAACUUAUGAUGUUAGAAGAGGAGUUUACGGAUUGGCUUGUAAUAAAUUUGACACACAAAUAGCAGUAGUUGAAAUAAUUAAUGAAUUCGAAGAGAAUCAUGAGUCCAGUGUAAGGCUGUAUGAUGUCGGCAGAAGAAAAGGUGAUAAAGAUGAAACAGAUGAGGAUGAUGAUGAAGAAGAUCUUGAUGCAAGCGAUGAUGAUGGUUCGAAUACUAGCACUGAUGAUAAUAACGCUGAUGAUGCGGACAAUCCAGACGCAGCAACAGAAGGGAAUGGGGAUGAAAAUGAGCAAAGUAAUCGUGAGAACAACGACGAUGAUGACGACGAUGAUGAUGAAGAUGAUUCAGCUGAUGGAGAUGAUUCUGGAGACAAUAUGACACACUACAGCAGAUCUCCCGAUUCCUCUGAUAUUUUUCUUUCUGAUAUUGAUCUCGAAAGUCUUUCCUCAUCAUCAUGAAAUUUUAUCUUCAACAGUUCCAGUGCAUUACAUAUAGAAAUUUAUUUCAUUUUUGACCAAUCAGUGGGGACUGAAAGAUGUUUCAUUAUAACAUAAUAUUUUUAAUAAUGUUUAUUAUUAUUGGCGAAAUGGAAAUAUGCAUUUAAGUAAAAACUUUGUACUAAGCAAUUUUAUUUAUUUAUUCCAUGUACUUUUAAUAUAUGGAGCAGUACAAUUCUCAUGCAUAUAUACAAUUUCUAUAUAUGCAGGAGUACAAUUCAGAGCUAUUAGAUAAACUACAACUAAUUAAAUAACAAACGACUCAAAUAUUUCUUGUGUAUUCAAUUUCAAUUCAAAGUUAAAAAGAUGUCGAAUAUCUUUCAUAAAAUUUAUAUUGAAAAAUAUUAAAAUAUAUUCCAUUCGCCAAUAUUAAAAUGAAACUAUAUUAUGAUUAAAGAUUGGCCAAUGAAAUAAUUCUGAGUCGAUUUACUCAACAAUCAUCAAAGAGCUAAAUGAUACAAAAAAUUAAUUGCUAAUGUAAUUUUGAAUUUCCAUCGAAAUUCUUAUCUAUAGAUUUAAAUGUAUAUAUUAUUAUUUAAGAUAUUUGUUAUUCAAUGAACUUGUAUUACAUAUUCUCAAAAACACUGAAUUAUUCAUAAGAAUCCGCUCACUAUUCGAAAUAAUUGCAAAAAUUUUUAUUGAUUGGUAGACCACAUUUAAGAUCACUAGAAAUUUUUAACUAUUUUAGGAUUUUGAUUUGUUGAAACAGCAAGUUUUCAGAAUUCUUUAAUAGUACACCUAUGUAUAUGAAAAAAUAAUAUGAGAGAGAGAAAGAAUGUAUGAGAGAAUAAAUGAGAGAUUGUAAAAAGUUGAUUUAAUCCUGUCAUUUGUUAUUAUUAAUAAAGAAUCGUGAAUUUGUAUAGGCCAGCUCUAAUAAAUAGAACCAUGCUUUAUGAUG